GAGGAGAGUUCCUCUUGGGGGAUUUAGGGGAACGACUGGAUAGUACCGGGCGACAUUUGACACGACCGACUUGCUGCCGAGUGAACGACGGCCAACUUCGCUCCGCUUCUUUCCCUCGUUUCUUUCGUAUCGAACGUUACAUUUGUCCUUUUUUUUCUCUCCAACCAUCUCGAGUUUCUAUUGAUUUGUUAAAAACCCCUUCUUUUUUUUUGUUUUGUUUGAAUUUGAAGCCAAAUAAUUUCGGGAUUAUCUGUUUACCAAAAAAAAAAAAAAACCUAGCGGUGAUUCACUUAAAAAAUAGUAAUAACGACCGUGCAUAAUUUGUGAAGUGUUUUCUGUGAAUGUGAAUGUGUGCGAUUUGAAUUUUUGUUCCUCCCUCCCGCCAGUUGAUUGCGGGAAAAAAAAAAACACUUGAACCCUGCCAUAAUUGAGCAGUUCAAUCUGAUAAUCAACUCAAGUGAGCGAUUGAAUUGAUGAUCAAAGGGGGUGGCGAGCGCACCAUGAGCUGUGCCCAAGUGAUGUACCAGCCGUACGUGCCCUACUUGUCGUCUUACGACCGGUCGGCCGCUGCAGCAGCAGCCGCCGCAGCCGCCGCAUCGGCCGCCGCCAACGGCGAAUCCCCCGAAAAGAAAUAUCGACUACACCACGACGGAUUAACCGACGGAGCGUCAGACAACAUGGCCACUAAUUACGCAAGUAAUUACCUGUUAUUGAGAUCCAAUUAUCCGUCGGCUUCGACAUCGUCGGCGGUGCACAACGGGCCGAGUAGUAGCAAUACAAACACGUCGGCUGGAACACCUGUGCCGGUGGGCUCUUCUCCGUCGUCUCCGGUGGCCGGCCCUUCGUCGUCUGCAACCAGCGGCGGAGUGUUGAUGCUGGAAAACGUUUCUCCAGUCGGCAAUCGUUCGGGAUCGUCGUCAUCCAAUUCGCAGCACCUGGCAAUGGUGCAACAACAUCAACAUCAUUUCCAGCAACAGCAACAGCAACAACAACAACAACAACAAAACGAGGAUAUCAAACGCGACUUGUCGGACAUGUGCGGCCAGCAAUCGGGCCAACAAGACACUAUGCAAAUCGAUCACGAUGCAGAAGAAUCAGAAAUGAAUAGUCAACACCAUCAACAGCACAAAGAGGCCCAAUACAUUUCGGCUAAUUGCGUUGUCUUUAUGAAUUAUUCGGGCGAUACGGCGUCAGUUGUCGAUCAACAUUUCAGCCGGGGAAUUUUAGUUGAUGUCACCACUUGUUAUAGACUGUAUAAAGUGGCUCCAUCUAAUCACCGAACGAAUAUUUUUGAUUGA